AUGCUAUUUGCUGAAGCCGUUGAUAAUAGCAAAAGUCUUGAUGUUACCUAUUGCCGUAUCAAAGAGACAGGGUCGUGUCACAUUAAUGUGUACUCGGAUACUAUUGAGAUUCAGAAUGCCAGUAAAACUCAUCAAGUGACACUAAAUGGAUUGAAUAUAUCGUGUAUGACAUGCAGGAAUCUUUGCCAAGUUAAUGACAGUACUUUGUCGUGCAGAUUUAAUGCGUCGUAUAGCAGUCAGACAUGUGACAACGUAACUAAAUUAGGUAGAGUUAUGAGUAACUUUACUGCAGCCGAUUCCAUUCUUUGCAAAUUUUGCCAACAGAAGUUAGGAAAUAUGAAAGAUGUUACUUGUACUAUUAACUUCCAGAAAUUUAUCACUCUCGAGGAGGAAGGUUUAUGUAUUGAAGAUGGCUACUUCUGUCAUCCAACUACCAAGAUCACUGAGGCCUUGGCUAAAAACUCCGUAAAUACGCAGACUUUCCCAGUUAAUUUAGAUUCGGUUUCUCCAUCUAACUGUUUGUUUACUGGUUUAGAACUAAUGAUAGAUCGUUCGUUGCUUGAACUACAUUCCAUCCAGUCUAAAGGAAACGAUUUCUUUCAUUGUUCUAGUUGCUUAAUGGCUUUGGGGAAAAAAGUCUUGUAUGGCUCUCAAGAAUACUUUGUAUUUUGGGCUAAUUGUUUAAGUUUACUAAUUAGAGAAAAUGAUAUUGAUGGUGAUUUUAUUGGUUAUGUUGAAAAGCCAUUAAUAGCUGAUGAAAUGGAAUUUUAUGCCCUUCUAGUUGAAAAUUUAAUCAAAAAUGCUCAAUAUCGUGUUAUUUUAUCAGCUAUCACGUGGGAUGGACUUUUAGACUUUAUGUUACUUUGGUUACCUGACCAAAAAAUAAGAUUAUAUACAACUGCUUUACAAGAUUGUACUUCACCUACAAUUGAUGUAAAUGAGAGUUCAUUAGGAAAGGAUGAACAAAACACUGUACAUUCUGUGAAAAUUGAACCGAUCGCUUGUCGUCGUGUAUUUUAUCAACAACUUUUACCGAAUAAUAAUUGUUCAUUGAAUACAGCACAGUUGGUUGAUUCAUGGAGGAAAGAUUUCGGAGUCACAUUAAUUCAUAUUCCGUGGGAAACGUGCAUUGGAUUCUCAGCGUGCCUAAGUCAGUUUUCUUCAAGAAUAGCACCACACACACGGAAAUUAGAUGGACCGAUGACGGGAUUCAUUUCAGGUGCCGUUCCACUGAUUCACUUACCUGACGAUUUGGCGUAA